AGAUGAGCCACGGGACCAGCUCGCUCACUUCGGGCCUUGCAGUCCAUCGAGCGGCCGUGUCAGUUGAAACUUUUCCUCGCAGAGCGCAAACGCACAGGAACGCCCUGAAGUACGAAUUGCACUCUAGCUUAGACACAGGUUUGAUCCGUAGCAGGCCGAAUGAGCUACCCGCACCGCUACAUUCCACCUAUAUAUGUGGACCUGAACAUGCCGGUCACGCCCUCCAAAGACAAGGAGGCUCCGGCUCAGCAGCAGUCCUGCUCGCCCUCCAACGACUUCACCCAGUCGAGCAGCACUGAGCCGCGCCCAAGCCGCGCCAACUCUCUGCUGCUGGACUUGCUUGAGUUCCCGCUCGCCACGGCUGACCCGAAUCCGGACGUACUGCUCAAGUGUGAUCUCGACAAUGUACUUGACGUGAGCAAUGGACAUGACACGCCGGCUGGCGCGCAACAGCAGAUCUACCCGCUGCCAAAUGGUCAGGAUGAGAUAGCAGACCAAGAUGUCAUCAAGAUGAAGCAGAGCCAAGACCCCGAGGUGCUCGAGGAGGUCGCCGCCUUCCCCGCAGCUGUGUUCACCAACACGACCAUCUCGGCGUCACGACCGGUAUCCACGGCCUCGACGAGCACCGCCGUGCCGUCUCUUAUGGCCCAACGUGGCGGACGCACGUCUCAGUUCUCAGCCAAGCAACGCCGCGAACGACACAACGCCAAUGAACGACGACGGACGAACGCCGCUAAGGACCGUGUACGUGACAUGCGCGACUCGGUCGCGGCUCUGGAACGCCAACGUGCUGAGCUGACGGCGCAGCGCGACGCCAAUGCCGCCCCCAAGGAGGUGCUCCCACACCGGAGGAUGGUUGAAGACGUGAUGCCUCGUGAGUGCGUUGACGGCGAGCUGGGCUACAGUAUCCCCGGUAGCUCCACGUACCUGGAUCUUGCUAAGGCAGUGGACGAGCUUCGCGACGAGAAACGGUAUCUUGAGGAACAGCUUGACCAGAUGGACUCUCUGAACAGCGCCCUGCAGGCGAUGCAGGCUGAGCUGGUCAUUGAUGCCACGUUAUCCCUGACGGCAGCUGGAGCCAAGAAGAGUCUCAAGCGCAAACGUGUGGAGACUGACGAGGCCGCUUCGGACAGCAAACGCAUGGCCAUCGAGUCGUGCGAGCUAGACAUCCCCAGUGGUGGCUACUGUCUCGAGACAGAAGCUGUUCCGUCGUACCUCCGGGUCCUCUUUUCAGAGCCCUUGACCAGCGACGCGGCCUUCAACUGGGUCAAGGACAGCUACGGUGACAUCAUGGCCCUCAAGGCUCAGCAGAAGCCCGCCGACUCCGCCGCCACCUCAAUUCUAGGCUGGCGUGAAGACAAACGCGAGGUCACCAAGUCAGACGGCGAGAGUUCACUCGAGCUGAUGAUGACCCAGGACUUCCCCGGCAUCGUGUCAGGCGAGCUCGUCUUCAACACGUGGAACCUGUUGACUGUGCUGGAGGCUUUCCAGAAGCUCUUCCCCCUCACCAAGGACCUGGCUGUACUGCAGACCAUCAACGAUGACUGUGUAGUCGUGCGUGUCGGUAUCGCACCGACCCACGACGCGCCUGUGGUACACAGCAUCGUGGUGCUCGCUCGAGGCCAGAUCGACGGUGGAUACCUCGUGAGCAUGCGCUCCGUGCCGCUCUCGACAGGCCAGAAGGCCUUCGCAGCCGGUGAGGAGGCUUACCUCCCUGUGCUGGCAUGGUUCAUGCUGUUGGACAAGUACGAUGAGUACGCUCAACCAGUGUGCGAGGUGAUCGUGGGGGCUUCGACCCAGCACAAGUCCGAGCACGUUCUACAUCGUCUGGCCACCGAGUUCGUCGCUGGUGCGGUGCGAUGGCAGGACGCCGUCGGCCAGAGCAAACACUGGCUGCUUUAACGCUUCAGUAUAGAUGGAACAUAUUUAACCAGGUAGGAUAGUAGUUCAUCCGCACCUCAGGGCAGCGGAUACAGUCGCGACUAACGCGCGUUAGUAAGAAGUAGGUUAGACUAGGUAGUAGUUAAGGCGUCUUAAGACGCAACAAAUAACGCCGGCAGCGGCAAAAUGAGUUACACUGAAAUCGAAGUCAAGUUUGCUUCUCGUACACU